AUGCUCUGCUCAAGCAGCUUCAGUGGCUUCUCAGUGCUGUCUCGGCCAUGACACACAUCUGACAUGCCCUCCCUUAACCCACUCGUAGACUGUCUCUCUUCCCCUGCAGUAUGGACCAAAGAGAAAUUCUGCAGAAGUUCCUGGAUGAGGCACAACACAGGAAAAGUAACAAAGAGGAGUUUGCUAAUGAAUUUCUGAUGCUGAAAAGACUAUCCGCCAAAUAUAAGGCAGAAAAAACCUAUCCCACAACUGUGGCUGAGAGGCCUAAGAAUAUCAAGAAAAACAGAUAUAAGGAUAUUUUGCCCUAUGACCAUAGCCUAGUAGAACUGUUCUUGAUAACCUCUGAUGAGGAUUCCAGCUACAUCAAUGCCAACUUCAUUAAGGGAGUUUAUGGACCCAAGACUUAUAUUGCCACCCAGGGACCUUUGCCUACAACUGUCCUGGAUUUCUGGAGGAUGAUUUGGGAAUACAGCAUCCUGAUCAUUGUUAUGGCGUGCAUGGAGUUUGAAAUGGGAAAGAAAAAAUGUGAGCGCUACUGGGCUGAACCAGGAGACACGCAACUGCAACUUGGUCCUUUCUCUAUAUCCUGUGAAGCUGAAAAUAGAAAAUCUGAUUAUACAAUCAGGACUCUAAAAGCCAAGUUCAAUAGUGAAACUCGAACCAUCUAUCAGUUCCAUUAUAAGAAUUGGCCAGACCAUGAUGUGCCUUCAUCUAUAGACCCUAUUCUUGAGCUCAUUUGGGAUGUGCGUUGUUACCAAGACGAUAACAGUGUUCCCAUAUGCAUUCACUGCAGCGCUGGUUGUGGAAGGACUGGUGUUCUCUGUGCUAUUGAUUACACAUGGAUGUUGCUAAAAGAUGGGAUAAUUCCUGAGAACUUCAGUGUUUUUAGUUUGAUCCAGGAAAUGCGAACACAGAGGCCUUCAUUAGUUCAAACUCAGCAACAGUAUGAACUGGUCUACAACGCUGUAUUAGAACUAUUUACGAGACAGAUGGAUGUUAUCAGGGAUAAACACUCUGGAACAGAGAUUCAAGCAAAGGACUCAGUUUUUGAGCAAAAUCCCAACAUAAAAGCAAAAUCUUAUUCUCCUAAUUUACCAAAAAGCAACAUAAAAGAAGCAAAAGUGAUGAACCAACAGAGCAAAGGAAGGAUAAGGGUGAAAAGUGCAGAAGCUUCUUCCUUUGACCUCAGGACUUCUGAAAUAAAUGAAAAGGAAGGGUUAGACAUGCACCCUGCUAAACAGAGCAGUUCUUUAGAGUUUUUGGAACUGAACUGUGGUUGUAAUAAAAAUGCUGACACAACCAUGAAAUGGGAGACAAAGGUAUUCCCAAUAGCUGGGGAGCCUCUUCAGAAGCAUCAAAGUUUGGACUUGAGUUCCAUUUUGUUUGGAGCAUAUCCUAAAUCUAAACCUGUAAAUGCAGCAGGAAGAUAUUCUAAUUUAAAGGUGCCAAUACUGCGGACCAAAUCAACUCCCUUUGAAUUGAUGCAACAGAGAGACAGCAAAGAGUUGGACAUAAAGGGAAAUUUUUAUUUGGAAUCUCAACCACACAAUUGUUGUGUUGAUCAGGCUCAAAAAGUGAUGCAUGUUUCUUCAGCAGAACUGAAUUUUUCACCAUCACAUGACUCUAAGCAUCAAACGUGCAAUGCUGCUAAUGCAAAGCAGCAUGUCUGUGGUGCUUUUAAUGAGCAUUCUUAUAUGUCUUUAGUAGAAGAUCCUUAUUUUUCAUCAUUGUCUCCAAGUAGUGCUCAUUCUAAGAUGUCUUUUGAUUUACCUCAGAAGCAAGAUGGAAGUGUUUUACCUUGUUCUUCCCUGUCAAAAUCCUCUACAACCCUCUUUCCUCAUUACAGUUCACAUGAUUCUUUAACACUGACUACCCUGACCAAUUUUCCCCCACCACUGAACCAAGAGACAGCAGCAGUAGCAACUUCUCCACAGAUAGAUGAUGAAAUCCCUCCUCCACUUCCUGAACGGACACCUGAAUCUUUUAUUGUAGUAGAGGAAGCCGGAGAACUCCCACAGGGUGUUCCCAAAUCUUCAUCUUCACCUGUGAAGGUAAAAAUUGGAACAUCACUAGAAUGUAGCGGAACAUCUGAAUCAAAGAAAUCUGAUGAUCUGAGUGUAAAACCCCAGAGUCCAAAAUCAGAUCUACAAGAUCGUUCUUCUUCCCCACCACCUCCACUGCCAGAGAGAACCUUAGAGUCUUUCCUUCUUGCUGAUGAAGAUUGUAUACAGGCUCAACCUGUAGAGACUUGUUCUAGCUGUCCUAACACCAUGGAAAAUUCAUCUUCUUCAAAACAGACACUGAAACCUCCAGGAAAGAAUUUUACAAGGAGUAAGAGUUUGAAAAUUUUACGAAACGUGAAAAAGAGUGUCUGUAAUUCGUCCCCACCAAACAAGCCUGCACAGACUGUUCAGUCAAAUAACUCCAGCUCCUUUUUGAAUUUUGGUUUUGCAAAUCGUUUUUCAAAACCCAAAGGACCAAGGAAACCACCAUCAACUUGGAAAAUUUAAAACAGCUUUGGAAUAUUGCCUGCAAGUGAAUCUGCAAAUAAAACUAAUAGAAUACUGCUAGCUAAAAUAAGUGUAUAUUCGUAAUAUCAACCAUGAAGAUAUGGUAAUAAUGUUAACAGCUUUAAAAGAAGACCCAUAUGCAAAUAAGUGUCAGAAGUUCUACAUUUCAUCUCAUUUACAUUGGGUUGGAAAGCACAAACAGGAGUUUGUCAUUUAAACUUAUGUACAGAGAAUGCUGUAUGAGAAAGUUUUAGAAUGGACUUAUUUUUCCUUUUUAGAAGUUAUCUUUAUUCUACUUUACCUUUCUACCUAAAUAUAAACUUAAAAGAUUUGUAAAAAUUUGAGAAGUUACUAUAAAAAGUGUUUUGAAAAAUCUUACCUUGUGGUUGCAGUACAAAAUUACUGCUUGUGAAAACGAUUAAUUCUUCAGAGUUACUUCUGCCUAAAUGCAGUACACAUCUUUUUCCAAGUGUUGUGGGAAACAAAGUAGUGAGAAAAGAAGUUACACCUAAAGAGAAUAAAAUAUAUACUUAAUGACAGUAAUCAGGCUUUUGUUUGGAUAUACCAAAUAAUAAGAUGUUCAAUUCCUGAAAAGCUUUAGCCAAAGCUGUUCAAUUACCAAAUCUAGAAAAAUAGCAGAAAAAUCAACAAAAUAGCAGGGUGGGAAGUGGGAGGGAGGUUCAAGAGGGAAGCGACCCUGCUUACCUAUGGCUGAUUCAUGUUGAUGUAAGGAAGAAACAAACACAAUACUGUAAAGCAAUUAUCCUUCAAUCAAAAAUAAAGACAAAACAGAACAAAAAGCAGCUGUAUAAACAUGCUUUGUUUAUACAGUAGCAUGUUUUCAUUUCAAAGGUCCUGUAAAACGUGCAACUUAUAUCCAACUAACCAGAGGUACUACUAGCUAAAAUUUUCUCUAUAUUAUUAUGGAUUUGCCUUAAGAAAGUUGAUCUUUCAAAUCUAAUUGUAUAUAACAAACAAGUUAGUGGGUGAUUGUUACAAAGGAUUCCCCCUUGACUAAUAAUGAUUUCACUUAAAAAGUUUAUAGCUUUACGAAAAUGAAAUACAUAGUCAUUUGUUCUUCAAUAUUAUUCAUUAGGAACCCCAAUGAAGACACACAUUAGAUGAAAUAUUACCUUUUUAUUGUGUAGUGUACUGUAUACAAGAGGUGCUCAAUAAACUUUCUGGUUUUUAA